AGAAGUGCUGAAAAGAGUUUUCCACAAUCAAAAUGAGUCAAUCAAGACCAUAUUAUGCCAUUGUGUCCGGUUUGUGUGCAUCAUCAGCGAGUUUCUUUGGAAAAUUAAGCUCCCUCGGUCAGCAGCUGGCCGAAAAUGUUGGCAACAAAGAGCUGGAACUAUUAGCGCAGGUGCUGUGCAUCGUCAUAAUGGUGCUUCUGAACGCUUGUGUCUGGCGAUUCUUCGUCAAAGCCCUUCACACCAACGGUGGCACGCUGGUGGCGUCCUUGGUCAGUGCAGCUACGAACUACACCGUUUCGGCACUCCUCGGGUGGCUAAUAUUCAAUGAGAAAACUUCCUGCCUUUGGUGGAUCGGAACGGCUCUGGUUCUGGGCGGUCUUUUGCUCAUAGUGAGCGACGAUGAAAGCGCAGCUCCGGACAAGGUGAAAAAGAAAGAAUAAAACGCUGGUUGAUAAAAAAUAAUCA